GGAAAUCAGAGGUUGAAAUUUUUUUCUAAAUUCUAACCUUUAAAAACAAGAAAGAAAAAUCGAAUCGCAGGUACAGACUAGUCUCCAUCAACUAGGUGAAAGCUCGCACAUUCAUUCAUUUUUACUUCCUACGUUGCUGUUUCGCACUUCAAAUUUGUGAGUAAAUCAUUCAUCACUCUCAUUACUACUACUACUACUACAAUGUUUCAUUUUCUAAUUCCCAGAUUCAUUCCUCAUACGACACUUCAAUGUCCCUAUGUUUUUUCACGUUUAUUCAAUUUUCGUUCUUUCUCCGUUUUCAGUAAUCAUCCGUCUGACAACCUUACAUUGUCAAACCUCAUUAACUCAUGUGACUUGUCCCCUGAAACAUCCCUUAAACUCUCCACAAGGUUGAAACUCGUAAACCCUGAUGGCCCAAAUGCUGUCAUUCAACUUUUCAGAAGCUAUGGCUUCUCUGAUUCCCAGUUAUCAAAGCUUGUUAAGAAACGCCCUUUUCUGCUUUUGUCAGAUGCUGAAAACACCCUUUUGCCAAAGCUCGAGUUUUUGCGAUCUAUUGGGGUUUCAAACAUUGAUUUCCCCAAAAUCCUAACCGGGAACACUUCCUUUUUGGUAGCAAACUUGGAGAAAAACCUAAUACCUCGCUAUGAAAUCGUUAGGAGCCUAGUUCGUGACAAUAAAGAGGUAGUUUCGGCUUUGAAACACGGGUCAUGGAUUUUUUACAAUCAUUCCAUGGUGAAUGAUUCUGUUCCAAACGUUGAGGUUUUGAGGAAACUUGGUGUGCCUCAACGUUUUGUUUCGCUUUUGGUUUCUUAUUUUCCUAGUGUUGCAUUCAACAAGCAUUCUGUGUUUGUCGAGGCUGUUAAUUCAGUCAUCGAAAUGGGGUUCAAUCCUUUGAAACUUAAUUUUGUUUUGGCACUUCGAGUUAUUGUAAGUAUGGACAAAGAAAAUUGGGAAUCAAAAUUCAAGAUUUAUGAGAGGUGGGGCUGGUCGAGAGAUAUCUGUCUUUUGGCUUUCCAGAAGCGGCCUCAGUGUAUGUUGAUGUCGGAAAAAAGUAUUAAUAAAACAAUGAAGUUUUUGGUGAAGGACGCAGGUCUUUCACCAGAAGUCAUUGCUAAAUCCCCCGCGAUUCUGUCUCGCAACUUGGAGAAGGUACUUGUCCCUAGAUUUGCAGUAGUUAAGAUUUUGAAGUCAAGGGGUUUGAAAAAGAGGGGUUUGACCUUUAGCAGCUUUACUUUGAUAAGCGAGGAAAAGUUUCUCGAGAAAUAUGUGACUCCAUUUCAGAAAGAUUUGCCAUUGUUAUUGGAUGCAUAUAAAGCUACUAAGUCAGAUUGAUCAUAUGGAUAUAUACUUUACACUUUGAAGAUGUUUUUUUAGAUGUACUAGUACUUGAAUCAGUAGUAUGUUAGUACUUGUUACACCACUCACUGGCUACCUUCGAUUUGAAUUGGUUGAGCACUGUAAUAAACUAAGAAUCACCUCAUUUCGCGUCAUGUGUGGCGGCAUUCUUGAAUUGUAAACUAAGUUUCACCUCUUUUGUGUGGGGACUGGCUGGCUUGAAUUGUUUCGGCAUUCUCUAAUGUAAUGGGCUACAAAUUUCCAUAUAGUAGCCCUUUCGUUCAAGUGCAUUUUUUAUUCCUUUUGUAAGAGCCAACAUUUGAACUUCCUCUGAUACUCAGUUUCUAUCAGUUGUUAGAUUGUCAUGUUACUCAACUGUAUUUGUUAAUGUGCAGCAAAGGUGAGUGUUUUUUUU